AUGGCUACCCAUACCGACGGACAGAAGAGUCGGGUCGAGACAGUUGACAAUAUUGCAGCUCUCGAAGUGAAGAAAGAUGUCGACUGGUCUGGUUUCAUUGAGGGGACCGAAGAGGAGAAGAAGUUGGUGCGGAAAAUUGAUUUGUUUUUGAUGCCCACGAUAUGGGUGCUAUACUGCUUCAGCUAUAUGGACAGGACCAACAUCGGAAAUGCCAAAGUCGCUGGGAUGGAUAAGGAUAUCGGCCUCAGCUCGACGCAGUACUUUCUCGCCAUUGUCGUUUUCCAGGUUGGAUAUGUGAUUGCAGAGAUACCUUCAAAUAUGAUCAUGUCACGGUGGCGUCCUUCACUUUACGUCCCUUUUCUAAUGGUAUUGUGGGGUACAGUGGCAACGCUGAUGGCGCUCGUCAAGACGCCAGCUCAGCUCCUCGGUAUGCGAUUUCUUCUCGGUAUGAUGGAGGCUGGCUUCAGUCCAGCUAUUCUCUUCAUCAUUUCAACCUGGUACAGGAGAAAGGAGCAGUCGAAACGUUUCAUGACCUUCCUUUCGGCUGGAAUACUGUCCGGUGCGUUUGGUGGCAUCAUCGCCGGCGCAAUCGUCGAUUCACUCGAUGGUGCUCAUGGCAUCCAAGGCUGGAAAUGGCUGUUCAUUGUUGAAGGCGUUUCUACUAUUGGUUGUGCUCUCAUCGCACCCUUUUUCCUCCUCGAUUAUCCAGCUACCACGAAACGACUUUCUUCUGAACAACGUGCGCUGGCAGUAGCUAGACUUCAAGCCGACGGCAUCACAAGUCGAAGUGCAGAUGGAGAAGUCGCAUCCAUUUCACACUGGCGAGCCUUUGUUAGUGCGGUCAGCAACUGGCGGGUUUGGUGGCUAUGCGUCGGUUACAUGACCAUCAUCGGAUGCUACAGCUUGAGUUACUUCAAUCCGACACUUGUUCAAGGCCUAGGAUAUACCGGCUCCGAAGCGCAGUACAUGACCGUGCCACUAUACGUGGUUGCUUUCGCUAUUGCCGUACCAACCUGCAUUGUCGCCGACCGUAUCCCUUCGUACCGCCCUCUAAUGGCUAUGCUCGUAUUGGUACUCGGUGCGCUGUUCUGUGCGCUCACCGCCGGCAUUUACGCUUACAUUCCACGAUACGUGUUCCUUUGUUUCAUCAACAGCGCGAUUUGGACUGCCAAUCCACUUGCUCUCUCGUACGCCUCGGUGUCCCUGGGGCCGCUGCAUCCUGAGACACGAGCCAUCUGCCUUGCUAUGAUCAAUGGCAUGGGAAAUCUUGCGCAAAUAUAUGGCAGCUACUUGUUUCCGGCCGACGAUGCGCCCAAGUACCUUGUCGGAUUCGGCACAUAUGCUGGGCUGUUGACAUUCGGGGCGGCUGUUUACGGAAGCGCAUGGUUGAUGUUUCGAAGGUUUCCGUUCCGGUCCGAGACUUGA